UAUUUAUUUACGGGUAAAUAUUUGGUUACUUUAUUAAAGUAAAUGUUAAAAUAAUGUUAUCGAACUAUUUUUUGAUUGGAAAUUAAUAAAAUUUUUGUUUGUAUACAGGUCAAAGUCGGACUGUCAGUUUUUGGAGAGAAAACGGAGCGCUUAUGUAUUUAUUCGACUCGCAUGCCGUCAACGAAUGGGGCAAAAACGACAUGUGCGAAGAGAAUAAUAAAGCAAGACUGUUUACCUGCGCAGAUAUUGACAGUUUAGCUCAUCUGCUUCUGAUCAAUUCUGCAUACGACGGUAAUAGGAGACCAUACAACAUCCAUCGAAUUAGUUUCGAAAUUCGUUCGAACGACGUUGGAGAUAGGGAAAAUAAUGAGGUAACUGUAUCGGAAAGUAAACAAACAAACUUGGCUAAUGUAAGUAUUGUUUCAAAAAGUUCCGUUACGGCUAAUGUAGAUACGACAACCUUGACGUCAACUAGAAAAGUGGGGCGUCCUAAAAAAGUUAAACGAGGUCCCAAACCUAAGACCUCAGUAUCUACGCCUCCUUCUAAAAAACCCAAAAUUAUCGUUCAUUCUAAUAUUAUUGUUCCUAGGGUUGAUGAUGAGAUUGAAACAACGUCAACACAUGCUGAUGAUGUUCUACCACCACCCCAAGACGAUGUAAUGUCUGUGGUGUCUACAACUGAGAGUUGCCCAGCUGCAUUAGGCAAGAUAAGUAACAUUAGCGAUAACACGCUUGAAUGUAAUAAAGGCAAAAGAGGACGUAAAGCCUCAGAUGUUUCACUUGAGGAGCGUCGUAAAAUUCGUAAUAAAACUUAUAGAUCAAAAAAUGCAGCAACUUUAUUGGAAGCUGCUAAGCACUAUCAAGUGGAACAUCCAGAGAGUCGUCGAAAGGCCGAUAAGAAAUAUAAUCAAUUAAACUCUGAAAUCCGUAGAAAAAUUGAUAAGCGUUAUCGGACGUCCAAUCCAGAUGUCUAUCAACAAGCAGUGAAGCGUUACAGAACGACCCAACAGGGAAAACACCUUCCAGUUUCUUUGCGUCGUCGUUUCAACAUGUUGAUUGGCGAAUUUAAGACGAACGAAGAAUAUGCAAAAAUUAGUCAAUUUGCUCUAAAGAAUUCUUCUCUUUUAGAUCGAGACAAUUGCUGUAAAUGUCCACAUUGCGGGGCGCCCCUGUUUCACGAAGAACUAGAUCGUAAAAAGUGGUGUUGCGGUCAAAAUCUUUACAACGUCCAGCAGUUAAAACCGCUAGAUGCUACGUUCUACAAGAAUCCCUUGUUUUUGGCCCAUCCUCGCCACUACAACGACCUGUUCGCUUUCUGUGCGAUGGUUACCAAAUGGAAACAUAAGACAGGUUUGGGUUUCAUGAAAAUCCAGGGUAGGACAUACCAUAAGGUACACGAUUUGAAUCUAAAAGGUACGUCUUAUGCCAAUCAAAGUUAUAUGUACAUCGACGAUGGCGAUGCAAGACGUAUGGAGGCAAGCAAAUUUGAUUAUUUAAAAAAAGAGAUUAUUGACCAAAUUAGCAGAUAUCUCGAUAGUAUUAAUAAUCCAUUUGUCAAACAUUACAGACGAUUAUCGUUGGAGCCCAGCGACCAAGCCCAUCUGGUGUUCGAAUGCAAAACGCGGAGACAAGCCGGUCCCGUUUUGGGCGAACAGCCACAGUCGACUGAGGUUGCAGCCGUAAUAAACACGACCGAAGAAGCAUACGAUCCUAGGUCAAUCGUCAUCUGGAAAGUUGGUAAAGGUGAAAAACAAAGAAUUCUAAACGUUUUUCAUCCGUUAAUGGAACCGAUGCAGUACCCACUACUCUACCCGCACGGGGAGACCGGAUGGGGAUUCGGUAAAUAUGAUAAACGAGGAGGUAAGCUCAGCCAAUUAAGAUAUAUAAGAUGUCUGCUACUAUCGGACGAACGCUUUACUGCAUUUAAUAAAUUAUCCGAGACAUGGUUAGUAGACAUGUAUUGCAGAAUUGAAGAAGAGCGCCUUAAUUUCAUAAGAAGGUGCCAACGAAACACGAACGCUGGCCAGAUGCGCGUCGCUACUUUGGCUGAGGUAAGAGACGUAGCGGAAUUAAAUCAACGACGCGACGAUAUACGUCGAGAACGGCAAAAUCUAGGCGAAGACGAGACCAUUCAGGGCGAAGGGUUCGUAGCUGGUAAAAUAUAUUUACCCCAUUCGUUCACAGGUGGUCCCAGAUUUAUGAAAAUAAAGUACAUGAACGCGAUGGCCGUUGUCGAACGUCUAGGAAUUCCAGAUUACUUCCUCACCUUUACGGCGAAUGGACAGUGGCCGGAAAUCAAGGCGUCGACGCACAAAUCAUGUAAAAUGGGCGAACCACAGGUAGUAAAUCGCGUCUUUAAAUUAUAUUUAGACGAAUUACUGAGAGAUUUGCGAUCUGGUCGUUGGUUUGGCGACUUAGUUUAUUUCAUUUAUACGAUAGAAUUUCAAAUGCGUGGAUUGCCACACGCCCAUAUCGUUUUCAAAGUAAAAGACGGUCCCAUUCAAACGACCGACGUAGAUCGUUUCAUUAGAGCGGAUAUUCCUGCAGAGAACGAGGCUGGCGGUGAAUUGAGGCGAUUGGUUUUGCGGCACAUGAUUCACGGGCCGUUUUGUGCUAGAGAACGACGGCCGGGUAGUAACAAAUACCCGCCGUGUUUCGAUCAACAUCUUCGAAAAUGUUCGAAAUUUUUUCCCAAAAAAUCUAGCUCCGUUACCUACGUCGACAAUCACGGUUUUUACAACUACAAACGUGACGACCAAAACAAAGUAGCUGUUCGAUUUGGAAGCGGUGACGUUGAAAUAGACGAUACGUGGGUCGUAUCAUACAAUGCGCCAUUGUUAUUAAAAUAUAAUUGCCAUUUAAAUUUAGACAAAUGUUCCGGCCGUUCCGUCGUUCACUAUUUGUUCAAGUACAUAACUAAAGAACCAGCUUACGCGAAACCCGCUGACCAGGCCGCUGACCAGCCGUCAGCGAACUCCGCCGCCCCAAACCCCGCCGGAGUACUAAUGGAGACGGAGGCCAUUCAGGAACCCGACGAGGCCAAACCGGCCGAAAGGGACCUGAAUGGUCCAACCAACGAGGGCUCCGGCGAGGACCAAAGGGGGGCUGCAAGGCGAGGACGGGGCCGGGGAGGCGGCCGAAGAACCGGUCGAGGACGCGAAAAAGUUAAUCCUUUUAUUAAAGAUUUUAGACGCCUCGCUUUGGAGCCCAGUGAAAAGGCUCAUUUGGUUUUCGAAUGUACGACGAGACGUCGAGCUGGUCCGAUAUUGGGUGAACAACCUCAGUCGACUGAGGUAGCGGCUGUAAUUAGUCUAAUAGACGAACCCAACGAUCCCAGACAGAUAUGUAUAUGGAAAAAUGGAGAAGGUAAAAGACAACUAAAUGUGUUUCAUCCUAUAAUGGAACCCUUCCAGUAUCCUCUUCUGUAUCCGAGAGGUGAAUUAGGUUGGACAAUCAACAUGAAGGACAACCAAGGUGACAAGGCUUUGAGGAGAACGCCAUUCAAACUUCUACCUCCAAAUUACUUUUAUACUUUGCUCGACCCGUCGAUCAAUUGGAGGAAUUGA